AUGGCCACCAACCUCUCCGACAAUGACACAGAGAAGGCCACCGAUUCGCAGCAGAACUUUGUGGGCACUCUGCGGGAUCUGCCCCCUGACCCCGAUGCUCAUCUGUCCGAGUCGGAGCGAGCCCAAAUCGACCGCAAGCUGCUUUGGAGGCUCGACUUGGUCAUGAUCCCGUGGCUGAGUCUGCUGUACUUGCUGGCAUUCCUUGAUCGUACCAACAUUGGCAAUGCCAAAAUUGCCGGCCUCAACGAUGACCUGCAUAUGAACACGCAGCAGUACAAUGAUACUCUGACAAUUUUCUUCAUCUCUUACGCGUUCUUCGAGCCGCUCACCAACAUCCUCCUGAAGCGUCUGCGCCCAUCAAUCUUCAUCCCGAUCAUCAUGGUCCUGUGGGGCGCUUGCAUGGUUGGCAUGGGAUUUGUAUACAACUGGUCCGGCUUGAUGGCUGCCCGGUGGUUUCUGGGUCUCACAGAAGCGGGUUUGUUUCCCGGUAUCAACUACUACCUUUCCUGCUGGUACAAGAGAUCCGAAUUCGGCGUGCGAGCUGCCAUCUUCUUCUCUGCUGCUGCGCUUUCAGGAUCAUUUGGUGGCCUUCUCGCUGCCGCUAUUGAGAAUAUGGCUGGCGUGGGAGGCAGGCCUGGCUGGGCAUGGAUCUUCAUUCUCGAAGGGCUGGCAACAGUCAUUAUUGGCUUCAUCUCUUUCUGGAUGGUUCACGACUUCCCUGACGAAGCCAAAUUCCUUUCCGACGAUGACCGGGCCCGCGUCAUCCGCCGCCUGAAACUCGAUCAGCAAUCAUCAGCAGAGCACGAGGAUUUCUCCAUGCAAUACUUCUGGCAGGCUUUGAAAGACUGGAAGAUGUGGCUCGGCAUGGCGAUUUACAUGGGCUGCGAUAUGCCACUCUACGCCUUCAGCCUGUUCCUGCCAACCAUCAUUAAGAAUGCGGGUGUGGCAGCUCCAAACGAUGUCGUCAAGCAGCAGCUAUACAGCGUUGCGCCCUAUGCCGUUGCCGCCGUUUUGACCGUCGUCAUAGGCUUUGUCGCUGAUCGCACCCAGGCCCGUGGGCUCUGCAACAUUUGCGUCUCGGUUGUGGGAAUCGUUGGUUUUUCGAUACUCAUCGGCUCUAAAGAUGCCUGGGUACAGUACGCGGGCACAUUCCUUGGCGCAGCGGGCAUCUAUCCCUGCAUUGCCAACACGAUCACUUGGAUGGCAAACAACACAGAGGGCGUUUACAAACGAGGAGUGGUCCUCGGCUUCGUCAUCGGUUGGGGAAACCUCAACGGUGUGGUCUCUUCCAACAUCUACUUCAACAGCCCCCGUUUUUUCCAAGGCCAUGGCGUUGUCCUUGCCUACAUGGUCAUCUUCCUGCUCGGAGGUUCUACCCUAAUGACUUUGGGUCUCCGGAUCGAGAACAAGAAGCGCCGCAAUGGAGAGCGUGACGGAUGGGCCGCUGGCAAGUCGGAGCACGAGCUGGAGAAGAUGGGCGACACCCGACCUGACUUUUUCUAUACGACAUAG